AGGCAGAAUAGAAUAGUCCACUCAAGCUACGUGCAAGGUCGCGUCCCCAGCUGUGGGAUUGAGGUGUUUUUAUUGUUUGGGCAAAGAUGAUGUCCUCCGUCCUUCGCACCGGGGUCUUUUCCCCCUACUAUCAAGUAACCAAACAAGGUGUUAAAAGCCUGGUGUUUCCUGGAGCAAAGGAGCUGCUGCCUGCUGCUGCUCCAGCAGGAACCCGCCUUGCCCACACAGACAUCAAGAUUCCCGACUUCUCCGACUACCGCCGACCCGAGGUUUUAGAUCCACAAAAGUCCUCACAGGAGAGCACUGAAUCCAGGAAGGCCUUUUCCUACCUGAUGACCGGUGCAACCACUGUGAUCGGCGUGUAUGCGGCCAAGACGGUGGUCACCCAGUUUGUCUCCUCCAUGAGUGCGUCAGCUGAUGUUCUGGCUUUAUCCAAGAUUGAGAUAAAGCUGAGUGACAUCCCAGAAGGCAAAAACAUGACCUUCAAGUGGAGAGGGAAGCCCCUGUUUGUCCGUCACCGCACAGAGAAGGAAAUCGCGACAGAGGUGGGUGUGAAUCUGGGAGAGCUGCGCGACCCCCAGCACGACAAGGAUAGGGUACUCAACCCCAAGUGGAUCAUCGUUCUUGGAGUGUGCACCCAUUUGGGCUGCGUGCCCAUUGCUAAUGCAGGAGACUACGGAGGUUACUACUGCCCUUGCCACGGCUCACACUAUGACUCUUCUGGAAGAAUAAGGAAGGGACCUGCUCCCCUUAACCUUGAGGUUCCCUACUACGAGUUCCCGGAUGAAGAGACAGUUAUCGUGGGCUAAGAGCUGUCUAAAUUCCUCCCUCUGAUAAGUUGAUUCUAUUAGUUUGAAGUGGUAGGGGGGGCAUAAUUGUGUGCUUGCUAAUAAAAGGUUAUUUGCAAAUGCACCAUUCAGUCUUAAGUGAAUCUUCUCCUCACUCAUCUUGAUUUGUUUAAACCAUUGCUUCUGCAGCACAGACAUCAAUAAAGUACCUAGGUAAUACUCUCA